UAAUUUAUUUAAGCCUUCAAAAUGAUUAGAAAACUUCUUAUGGUCCUGCUUUUGUCGUCUGUGACUCUUGGAGAAGCAAGGAAAUCGUUUCUCAGUUUUCUGAACACAGAAAAGACUGAAUUACUAUUUUUCACAAAGACUGAAGAAACUGUCAUUGUAAGGUCAAGUUACAGAGAUAAACAGCCAAACUCCAGCUACCUCUUUGUGCAACUAGAAGAUCCUAAAAUGCUCCAAGUGGUGAAUGUGACUAAGACCUUAUCAGAUGUUACCAACUUUACCAUAAACCUGGUGACAGAUGAAGACGGGGAGACAAAUCUGACCAUUCAAUUGUGGGAUUCUGAAGGUAGGCAAGAAAGACUCAUUGAAGAAAUAAAGAAUGUCAAAGUCAGAGUGCUCAAACAAAGACAAGACAGUCUUUUCCAGGCAUCAAACCUUAUUGAUAGAAAUAUCCUUAUGCUUUUUCUACCAAUGAUACUGUUAAAUAAAUGUGCGUUUGGUUGUAAGAUUGAAUUACAGGUGUUUCAAACAAUAUGGAAGAGACCUUUGCCAAUAAUUCUUGGGGCAGUUAUACAGUUUUUUCUUAUGCCAUUUUGUGGAUUCCUUUUGACGCAGAUUUUGGCAUUGCCUGAGGCACAGGCUUUUGGAUUUGUAAUGACCUGUACAUGCCCAGGAGGGGGUGGGGGCUAUCUCUUUGCUCUGCUUCUAGAAGGAGAUGUCACUUUGGCCAUUUUGAUGACUUGCACAUCAACGUUACUGGCCCUGAUAACGAUGCCUGCCAAUUCGUACAUAUAUAGUAGGAUGUUAGGGUUAUCAGGUACUUUGCAUAUUCCUGUUUCUAAAAUUAUGUCAACACUCCUUUUCAUACUUAUACCUAUAUCAGUGGGAAUAAUCAUCAAGCGUAGACUACCUGAAAAAGCAAACUUCCUGGAGAGGAUCAUUAGACCUCUGAGUUUUAUUUUAAUGUUUGUAGGGAUUUAUUUGACUUUCAGAAUGGGAUUAAUGUUUCUAAAAACAGUGAACCUAGAAGUGCUUCUAUUGGGUGUCUUAGUUCCUGCUUUGGGUUUGUCGUUUGGGUACUUUUUUGCUAAAAUUUCUAUGCUGCCUCUUCCUGUUUGUAAAACUGUUGCUAUCGAAGGUGGGGUACUGAAUAGUUUCUUAGCCCUUGCUGUUAUUCAGCUUUCUUUUUCACAGUCCAAUGCAGACUUGGCUUCUGUGGCUCCUUUCACAGUGGCCAUGUGUUCUGGAUGUGAAAUUUUACUGAUCCUUCUGUUCUACAAGGCUAAGAAAAGAUGUAUCCUUACCAUAGAAGAGAAAAGAAAGAAAAAUCCCCUGGUCUAACAGUUAAAGCUUUACUGAAUUUUCCUACUCUGAAUGAGGUACUGUGGGAGAUUCAAAGAAUAUCUGAAAUGAUGCCUGCUCUCAACUCACUUAUGAUCUGAUUGAAAACUUGACAUUAGGGGAGAAAUAUAUACAUACAUAUAAUCAUAUGUGCUGAACACCCAAUGAAUAGUACAGACAGUUAAAUGUACAGGAAUUCAGAGGAAGGAGACUACUUUUCAACUGUGUUUGCUUGGAAAUGUUCUAUAGAGUUGGAUUUUAAUAUAAUACUUUAUUAUGGUGUCUUGAACAGGAAAGAGCAAUAAAAAAAAAAAGUCCUCCUGUAGUGAUUAUGAUAUAUCCCGAGUAUUUAUGGAAGGGCUGCCCUUCCAUAAUAGGCAUUUGAUAAAUGCUCACACAGUGAAUGAAUAUGUAAAUUCCUCUUUGGAAUCAAUGUCUUAAACUAAAUAUAGCAUUUCUGCUCUCAUAAGUGUAUUUCCUCCUGUCGUCCACGUCUCCCACUAAAGACGUUACCAUUUACCCUGAAGCACAGGGUCAUCUCUUCCCCCUCUUCUCCUUUCUUCCCUCU